GUGUCGAUGUCGAGGAAGGCACGAUGAACCCAUAUCCUAGACGCUCAGAUGUAAAUCUGACCCAACAACCAAAAUACACUUCAUCAACUCAUCAGACAAACAUGGGAGACUCACCUCGCGCCAGUCGCCAUCAUCGCAAACGCCGUUCACCAAGACAUAAGUCGUGGUACCAAGAAGGCGUGCCCAUCAGUGUGCAUAUUGGCAACAGGCGUUCGCCAAAUUACCACAGUUCAAUCCAGGUGGCCAGCGCAGACGGCCAUAGAUUUGCCGCUCUACCCUGGCUCGAACAAGUCAUCGCGACCUGCAUUGAUGAUCGUUACGAUGAUCUUACCGAUCUCAACAGAGCGCUACAAUUUGAUGACACGGUCAAGUUCCCUGAGAGAAGCAACAAGCGGUCCACCCAGAUACCGUGGUCCUUCCUGGUCGAUCAAAUGAACGUACCAGACGUAUACUGGUGGACUUUCGGCAAGGAUCCUCCCGAAGGCCGCAAGCCACAAGGCAUUGAUGAGAUUGACGAGUAUCGAUUCCGUAUCGCUGCUUGGUGCUGUGGACGCCGUGCUUGUCGAUUCGACCGCGAAGUCCCAGUCACUCUUGUGUUCACUCAAUCCAAGAUUCCGGCCGAGAACGUCAUGCACGAACUCUUCUUUCCAUACUUUUACGAAGAUGAAGAGUACGACAUGCCACGUAGAGAUGAGGAGACCGUUUGCUGGACAUUUCUGAGACUGUACUGGCUUCUGACCGACUGGCAGAACAUCAUUCGAGAGAUUGAGAGGGAGCUGGAGGAAGCUCUCAACAGCCGUGGCCGCAAGUACCCUGUCAAGUUGCGUACAAGACAGAUGCAUAAGCAAAUCGACAGAGUGUACGAACUGAGCGAAUACAUGCGCUUCCAUUCGCGAUCAUUCAAGAAGCUGCUCAAACUCAGAGAUACGAUGCACAAGUCUCCAGAUGACGGCAAGGACCCAGUGUGGGAUGAAAUGGACGACGCCGUCGAAGAUCUGGAUCAGUAUUCUUACUACAUGGACACUCUCAAAGAGCGCUUCCUCAAUCUGAUUGAANNCUUGUCAGAGUUCAACAUCGAGAAUGCUAACCAGUCCGAUUACUCACGCUUCCUGUCCAUCAUUGCGGCGCUAUAUCUUCCAAUCUCAUACCUUACUAGCGUGUUUGGUAUCAGUACUAUGAAAGCACCAGCGAUCCUGUGUUUAUACAUUUCAAUCCCGCUAUUGAUCAUCAGUCUCCUCUUCACCAUCUUCUUUCCAUGGGGCAUUCGACGCUUCCAGAAGUUGUGGUAUCCAUUCGACAAGAACUAUGUCAAAUUACCCAAGAGCAGUUUCACAAUGUUGAGCGAAGAAUUGCCUGCCAGCGCAGAUGCGCCUCGAGUCAUUGCCAUUCGGGAUUCAAGUCUUCCUCGUCAGCACGCAGCUCGCAAAGACCAUCACAAGCGCAACAGGAGCAAGCCUCGUUCCAGGUCGAGAAUCAGGUCCUUGAGUGCUCGGGGAAGGCGACGUCUUGGUGUUGACGACAAGGUG